AUGAGUAGAGGUGAAAGUUCUGGUGGUGGACACAGCUCUUUGGGGUAUCUAUUUGGGUCAGAAGAACAGCCAAAUCAGUCUCAACCCACAAAAACAGUUUCAUUACCACCCUAUGGCAUUGAAAUCGACAACACCAUGCUCCCUCACGCUGUUAAUCCUCCUAACACCCAACUUGUUGUCACAAACAACCGAUCUCAAGGCCACCACUUGGGAAACAUUGUAACUGAUCGUCCAUCAACAAAAGUUAAAUCGGUACCUGGUGGUCAUUCAUCGCUUGGAUACUUGUUUGGAGAUAAGUGA